AUGCUUGAGGAUCAUUCGGCAUGUUGCUGGCCAACUGUCUACAAGUAUGGUAUGUGUCCAUGUGGGUUUGUGUACCGUGGGGAUGCAAAGGCCUUGACGUGCCCCGCUUGUGUGCCUGGCACAUCCAAGCUAUGUGGCAAAGCACACGAAACACACCAGAAGACAUUCCUGUACAGCUCCAUCAUCCAGUAUUUGCAACGUAUCUACAGCAACAGCACAACUGCCGCAGAGUAUGGUGACUGGCUCAACCGACUCGAGCAGAAUGCUGUAGCAGACCCUCAUGGCCUAUAUGAUAUUGGACAUGGCAAGGCUGUCCAAGCUGUCCUACAGAAUGAUCCACGAUUUAAGCAGGAACCACGUAACGUCAUCGUUGUGCUCAUAACAGACCCCUUCAUUGUGCCUGUUGAUGAAUCAGAGCGCUCCAGUACACCCUGGUUGCUGGUGGCAGUGAACACCCCUGUGUCAAAACGUCACAAGCUUGAAUACACAUCCGUGCUUGGCAUUGUGGGAGGCAACAUGAAGCCCCCUGGUGCCAAGAAGGGUGUCCCUAUGGAUCCAAAUCAUGUCUUGGUGCUCAUAAAGGAUGAAGUAGCCUUCCUUGAGGAGGAAGGCUACUUCAUCCUUUAUGAGCACCAAGACAUGAUUUGGAUCCAUAGGGAUACCCUUCUUGGCACCAGGGGGCUUCAUGUUGCCUCCCACAAUGCCAAGCACGGAUGUGUAUCCAAGCUUGUGACGUUUUGA